GGUUAAUUACCUAAGCUGGACUUGUAUUUAAGGAAGUCCGACGACAAUAUCUUGCACACAUUUCUGUGCCUUCUCCUCCUUGGCUUACCCUGAAGACAUCUUCUCAAUACUCCACAUCCAUAACAGUUAAUUACCGGAGAAAUGGCUUCUUCAAAAGCUGUAGUCCUCAUUACGGGCGCAAAUCAAGGUAUUGGCUACUUUAUCGCCCUACAACUCGCCGCCUCAGGCAAAUACCACGUGCUCGUCGGCGCACGGUCAGUCACAAAAAGCCGAAGCCGCCAUUCGUGAGCUACAGGCCGAGGGAAUUGACAAAAUAAACCUGACGCAGAUUGUUCUCGAUGUCAUCGAUGACAGCUCCGUCACGGCUGCUGUUAUGGCUGUGUCAACUCAAUUCGGCCAUCUGGACAUUCUGAUAAACAAUGCGGGGCGGGGCGAAUCUUCUGCCGCCACCGUUCGCGAUCAGUAUCGAGAGAUUUUCGAGGUCAAUGUCUUCGGCGUCGCAGCCGUGACGGAUGCGUUUCUGCCCCUUAUACAGGCUUCGUCUUACACAGAUCGCAGAAUUGUGAACGUCUCAUCUGGCGUCAGACUGAUCACGAUGGCAAACGAGGAAGGUUUUGAAUAUAAUGCUCAAGCAUACUACGUACCUGACUACCGAAGCAGCAAGGCCGCAGUCAACAUGAUAACUGUGGCCCAGUCUGUGAAUUUCGCCAAACACGACAUCGCUGUCGUUGCGGCUGCCCCUGGCAUGUGCCGCACAAGGUUCACCGGUGAGUACGGCGCGAAGGACCCGAGGGAGGGUGCCGCGGCCAUCGUACGAGCCGCCACGGAGGGUGACCCCAAGAAACUCACUGGCACCUUUGUUGCUGAUGAGCCUCAUACGGGCUGGUAAGAUAGUCCCUAGAUACAAGCAAUACAAGGCAGCAGUUACUAUGAAAUCUUAGAAUACAUGUUUGGCACAUGAUUGUCGAUGUUCCCAGG